GCCGUCGCCGCUACCGCCGCCGCCGCCGUCGCCGCUACCGCCGCCGCAGCCGCCGCCGCGUUCCAUUCUCUAAGCCGGCGACAGCCUCGCCCCCCGCCUCCCGCCGCUUCCUCCUGCAGCACUGGCCAGCGCCAGCCAGACAAGGGCACUCAGGGCCUCGCCUAGACCCGAGAGGGUUGCGGGCGCGCGCAGGCGGCAGAGCGGAUCCCAGCGCCGCGGAAGCUUCGAGCGCCCCCCCUCGCGGAGGUCGCCGCGCGGUUCCCCGGGUAAAUCUACCCGUGGCUGACUUUAGAAUUCUUACUUCUGGCUUUAAAAUUUUUUUUUUUAAAUACCUUGGACGGAUAAAAGAUGUGCCAUGGCAGGAUAGCACCAAAGAGCACUGCAGCGUUGGCCGUGGCCUCCGUGGGACAUGGAGUGUUCCUUCCGCUGGUGAUCCUUAGUACCCUCCUUGGAGAGAGCCUUGCCUCAGUGUGUUCGCUGCCCCCAGAGCCAGAGAAUGGUGGCUACAUCUGCCACCCCCGGCCUUGCAGAGACCCCCUGAACGCGGGCAGCGUCAUUGAGUACCUGUGUGCCGAAGGCUACAUGUUGAAAGGCGACUACAAGUACCUGACCUGUAAGAAUGGAGAGUGGAAGCCAGCCAUGGAGAUCAGCUGCCGUCUCAACGAAGACAAAGAUGCCCACACGUCCCUGGGGGUCCCCACACUAUCCAUAGUGGCUUCCACUGCCAGCUCCGUGGCGCUUAUUCUCCUCCUCGUGGUGCUGUUUGUGCUACUGCAGCCGAAGCUGAAGUCGUUCCAUCACAGCAGGCGCGACCAGGGAGUAUCUGGCGACCAGGUGUCCAUCAUGGUGGAUGGAGUCCAGGUUGCGCUCCCGUCCUAUGAGGAAGCUGUGUAUGGCAGUUCCGGUCACUGUGUGCCACCUGCUGACCCCAGGGUGCAGAUCGUGCUGUCAGAAGGGUCUGGGCCCAGUGGGAGGAACGGGCCAAGGGAGCCGCAGUUGCAGGACCAGGGGGCCUGUUCCUCUGCCGGUGGAGAGGAGGAGGCCCCGGGCCAGUCUGGACUGUGUGAAGCCUGGGGUUCUCAAGGCUCUGAGACUGUGAUGGUGCAUCAGGCGACCACCUCUUCCUGGGUGGCCGGCUCAGGGAACAGCCGAGCGGCAUACAAAGAAGCCCCAGAUUCAGAGAACAGUGACAUACAAAGCCUUUUAUCCCUCACAUCGGAGGACUACACAGAUGAUAUCCCACUGUUGAAAGAAGCAUGAGCGCUGCCAUGGGCCUCUCCUCUCUGCGACGGUCCUCUCUGCCCUUCGUCCCUCUCCCUGUGGGUUUGAGCACCCUGUACUC